UCUCUUCGUCAUAAUAAAAAACACUACUCAAACGAUUCACGGGUUUCACUUGGAAUCGUUUGAUUUUCUCGUUUCCGAAAUAUAUAUAAAAAUGGCCAAAGCGCCACCGUCAAUCUCUCUUCUCCUCCUCCUCUCGUCCGCCGUAUUCCUCACCAUCCCCGCCGUGAUCUCCGCCAUCGGUGUUAACUAUGGAACUCUCGGGAACCUCCCACCACCGACUCAAGUGGCAAAUUUCAUCAAGACACAAACUUCGAUCGAUAGCGUCAAGAUCUUCGAUGUGAAUCCUGAUAUCCUCCGUGCCUUCGCUGGAACUGGUAUCUCCGUCGUCGUUACCGUUCCUAACGGUGAUAUUCCGGCGUUAGCUAACGGAAGACAAGCUCGUCGGUGGGUUUCGGCUAACAUUUUGCCGUUUCAUCCUCAGACUAAGAUUAAGUAUAUCUCUGUCGGAAAUGAGAUUUUACUCACCGGAGAUAAUAACAUGAUUAACAAUCUCUUACCGGCGAUGAGGAAUCUUAACAAUGCUUUGGUUCGUGCUGGUGUCAGAGAUGUUAAGGUUACAACCGCACACUCACUUAACAUCAUAGCCUAUGACCUGACCGGUGCACCUAGCAGCGGUAGAUUCAGGCCGGGUUGGGACAAGGGCAUAUUGGCUCCAAUCCUAGCUUACCAUCGCCGCACCAAGUCUCCUUUCAUGGUUAACCCGUACCCUUACUUUGGUUUGACCCCAAAAAUGUCAAACUUCGCCAUUUUCCGUACACCGUACAAGGCGGUCCGUGACCCGUUCACCCGCCAUGUCUACACCAACAUGUUCGAUGCACUCAUGGACUCGACUUAUUCCGCCAUGAAAGCUCUUGGAUACGGUGAUGUUAACAUUGUCGUUGGUGAGACGGGCUGGCCUUCUGCUUGUGAUGCACCUUGGUGUUCGCCUGCGAAUGCUGCUUGGCAAACCCGUCCGACCGCAGAGCGUAACUGGGGACUUUUCCGAGCAGAUUUCUCCCCGGUUUACGAUGUUGGUCUUCUCCGAAACGGACAAGGCGGUGGAGGCCGUCCAGCAUUGCCCGCACCUAGUACUGCCGGCGGUAAAUGGUGUUGUAGCGAGGUCGGCUGCAACGAAUGCGCAGCUGCAAGACAACAUUAAUUGGGUGUGUGGUCAGGGCAUUGAUUGUAAACCGAUCCAAGCUGGUGGUUCAUGCUUAACCCGAGCAGUUUGAGGACGCACGCAUCUUUUGUUAUGAACGCUUAUUCCAGAGCCACGGCCGCACUGACGGUGCUUGUAAUUUCAGUGGAAACUGGUAUGGUCGUAGGGAACACCCAAGCAAUGGUGCGUGUAAGUACUAAGAGAUUGUCAAUGUCUAUGUAGUAGCAUUAUCUGGAAAAUC